AUGCAAUCAAACGAUCGAAGGGGUUUUCCAAAGCCUGCUGGAUGGCGUUGGAUUUCCAUGCUGUUGCUCCUGCUGCUGCUAUCGGAGUUUGCUUUUGACACGGUUCGGUGCGAGUUUCAGUUCACCGUGACACCGCAGAGUCGGCAGGUGUUCGAGGGUGAACCGGUCACCUUCGAGUGUCGUGCCCUUUUCGAUGAUGAGAUCGAUUUUUCGUGGACAUUAAACGGUAAUCCGGUGCCAGUGUACGACCGGCAGGAGGCCACCGAGCCGCAGCCACGCCGCAUCUACCAGAGCGGAUCGAACCUUCACAUCCGGGCGGUUAAUGGAACUCUGGACCGGGGCAGCUACGUUUGUCUGGCCAGGGCAAAGGCAUCCGGUGCUCGUGUGGCGUCGCCCGCCGCUAGGCUGGACAUUAUAGCAAUCUCGCCGCCGGUAGUUCAGCUGCUCAAGCACGACUCGGAGCGCGGAAGCAUUUCACUCAAAUGUCACUCGGCGCUGGAAAAUGUCGCCGGCGAUGGUGAGGAGAUGCACGUGGAGUGGUACAGGAACGAGAUGAAACUGACAAAAUCACCACACAUCGAUCUGCAGCGCCGCAAGCUGCACAUAAAAAGUGCAUCAUCCAAGGAUAAUGGCGUGUACAGCUGCGUUCUGUCGAUCCUGUCCGGGACAGGCAGCACCCGUCGGCUGACGCUGCGGAGUGUGAAAAACUAUCGUCUGAAGCUGAAACCGGGCACGGCUUAUCAUGGCGAGGGAAAAAUCGAUUGCUCCAAGAACCGCAAUCUGUUGCUAUGCCGCGGCAAGCGAGGCGACCGGCAGCUUAGCCUUCAGCCCAAGCCGGAACCGACCAACCCGGACGACGAAUCGGCCUCGUUCCAGAGCGAUGAACCGCCGCUACCGGCACCCGCCCAACUGCAGCUGGCCACCGGGGCCACUCCCGCCGCUGGAAACGCUUCAGCCGCCCCGUUCCGCAUCGUUCUGCACCCCGCGGCCACGACGGUCAACGAAAGCCUUUCGGUCGCGCUGAACUGCGGUUUUCGUCCGAGCGGCAGCGACGCGACCGGGGAAGGUCGGGGAGGCUUUGUGUUGCGCUGGCGGAAGGAUGGGAAAGUCAUACGGAAGUGGGAUAACACGGGCGGGGAUGCGAUGGAGGACGACACGCUGGACGGAACCACCGAAAGCAGCAGCUCCUCGUCCAUGUUCCGGGAUGAUGCCCGCAUCUACAUCGACCGGACGAACGGAUCGCUCGUGAUCGGCCAGACAGUGGCCGGCGACGAAGGAAGCUACGACUGCCAGAUAACGAACAAUGCGAGCGACUUUCUGCUUACCUCGAUGCCGGCGGAAUUGCAAAUCAUCUCCAACCUUCGCUUUACACCCAAGCCGCCAACCACCAAGAACCUGGAGCUCGGUUCGGUCGCGAAGAUUCACUGCAAGGUGCAGGGCAGACCGACCCCGACGGUUCACUGGACGUCCGGGUUGGACCGGGGCGAGCUGCCGGAAUCGAUCGAAGACGUCAACGGGACGCUAGUGUUCCGCAACGUGUCCGCCGAGCACCGGGGUAACUACUCGUGCGUGGCCACCAACAGCCAGGGCGAGAUCCGGGCGACGGUGUCGGUGAAUGUGGUCAUCGCACCGAAGUUCGAAGUCGCUCCGGAGGGUUCGGCACAGGUGGCCGAGCUCGGUACGGUGCAGUUCCACUGCGUUGCGACUGGUGACCCCCGGCCGACCAUCCAGUGGGACAAGGACCUGCAGUACCUGCACGCGCCGGCUGCGCAGACGAACGCCACUGCCGAGGAGGAACGCUACCGGAUACUGGAGAACGGCACACUCGUGCUGACCGAGGUACACCUGGAGGACGAGGGACGGUACGGGUGCACCAUUGGCAACAGUGCCGGAUUGAAGCGGGAAGAGGUUCACCUCAUCGUGCGCCCGGCUGACGGAAUCGCAAUGCCAGAAGAAUCACCCGAGGACGGUUUCCUGAUCACUCGUGCCGUCCUGAUCACCAUGUCGGUGGCGUUCGCGUACAUCAUCCUCGUUGUGGGGCUCAUGAUCUGGUGCCGGCAUCGUCGAGCGGCUCGCAAGGCCCGCCUGAACCUCGGCUCAUCGAAGGAGAACGGUGGAGGUGACGUCGAUUUGAAGAAUUGUGAGAUUGAACCGUGCCUGCCGGACAAAUCAUCUGCCGGUGCGGGUGAAAAUGGAACCGCGGGCUCUUCGUCCGGUCGUGGCAAAAAGCUGAAGAACGGCUCGGCCGGCGGAGGCAAGGAGCAGCAGCACGGUGGCGAUAAAAGCGACGACACGGUCAACUCGAACAAGUCGAAAAAGUCCUCCGGAUCGGGUGGAUCGUUGUUGGAGCAGCUGACCGUACCGCGGGCGUCCGUGGUCGAUCUGCUGCAGAUCGGAAAGUGUGACUUUGGUGAUGUACUGAUUGGAAAGAUCCGCGAGAACGAUUGCCGGUUGCCGCCACCGAAGGAAAGCGCCACACAGGAGCCCGUAACGGGGGAUGAGGUUGGUCCGGGGGGUAGCGCCGAGGUUAGUACCGAGAACGAGCGGAAAAGUGUCGGACGGAAGCCAUCGAAUGAGGAGCUUAACGCAAUCCGACCCGAGAACGAUUACAAGCCAGUGAUGGUGAAGGCCUUGACGAAGGUAAAGGACGAACACUGUUGCUCGGAGUUCCGCCGCCAGUUGGAACUCUUCCGCACCGUAUCGCAUCGUAAUGUGGUGCAGCUGUUUGGACUCUGCAGGGACAAGGAUCCUCACUACCUUCUGCUAGAGUACACCGAUUGGGGCGAUCUGAAGCAGUUCCUCCUGGCAACGUCACCAAACACCCCGCCGAACGGAACCGUAGACAAGAAGGACGCCUCCAAACCGCCGCCACUAAACAUACCACAGAUUCUCGCCCUCGCCCACCAGAUUGGACGCGGAAUGGACGCGAUCUACAAGGCUCGCAUUAUUCACAAGGACCUGGCGACACGGAACUGCAUCAUCAGUAGUGACUUUUCGGCAAAGAUCUCACUACCAGCGUUGGCACGGGACAAGUACAGCAAGGAGUACUGCAAGCACCGGAACCAGCUACUACCGGUACGCUGGAUGGCACCGGAGUGCUUCCAGGAGGACGACCAUUCGAUCAAGAGCGACAUCUUCUCGUUCGCUGUCCUCGUCUGGGAACUGUUUACCAACGCGAUCGAGCUGCCCCAGAAGGAUCUUACCGAUGAGGAGGUGAUUUCCGGUGCCCUGACCGGCAAACUUGAGUGGAAGGUGGCCGAAAGUACGCCGGAAGCGUUGCACAAGAUUUUGACAUCCUGCUGGUCGGCGAACGCGAAAGAGCGUCCCUCAUUUAGCCAGCUGGUCGUCGCCAUCGGGAACUGCCUACAGAGCGAGUACCCCAAGGAACCGUCGUCGGAUUGAAGCGACCCCCGGUCGUUCUCAAAUCAAGCAAUCAAGCACUCACCGUGCACCGGCGGUGGCCACAUCUAACUGAAUCGUAAUCUUAUACAACGAGGUAUUAUUCUGGUGCAUCUCUUUUUUUGUAUUAUAACUUAUUGCUGCUGAAAAGGCAGGAAAACGACGCAGCUAGCGAACGAACACAGUUUAUCAUUGAUAAUAUUAUAUUACGGUCAUUUAUUGCAUUUAACUCCGCGUAAGCGAAGGGCCAAGUCUACCAAUGAAGCAUUUACACCCAACGGAGAAACGCGAUCUCGCGCCCCAAGUGAAAAACAGUGAAUCCAAAGCCCUCUU